UACAACAUUUCAAAUGGUUACAGUAUAAGUCGAUUUCGUAUAACAUUUUCAUUCGGCCUUUUCGAAUUUUUUGAACCAUUUAUUAUUGCCUCAAACGCCCGUUGAUCACGUCUUCGACGUACACGAAGUCAACGUCUGCGACCAUACUUGGUCAACGUAUUUAUUUUUCUUUGUAUUAAUUUCUAUUUCACUACUAUGUCCGAAUCAGCUCUCUCGGUGGAUACAAUAUCCACUGUCAUUUGAUAUUAACCGUAAGAGAUGGAUCAAAAAAAUCCACGACCAAGCUGUUGUAUCUCUUCUGCGUUUCCUACACCGACGGCAGUCACCUGUCAAGUACAAACAACUCAAAUGGCGUCUACAAUAAUUUCCCCACCGACCAAUAGCUAUGUGCUGACGUCCAGUAACCUGAGACCUGUUACCAACUAUACCCUCGUUGCUAGUUCACAGGUACCCGUCACCCAACAGUAUGUAGUCCAGUCAAAUACUCGAACAACUAUACCUCAGUAUGUGAACACGAACAACGUUAAGCAUAUUGUGUCGCCCAGCACUCAACAGUCAAAUGUUACUUACAUGUUGCCAUCUGGUGCUCAUAUUGUCAGGAUGAACAAUGUUGUAACCACCACUGUAGCCGGAGAACAAAAACCUAAUACACAAUACAUUUUAACAUCAAGUACUCAAAAAACCAAUUCUAAUAUUAAAUCGCCUUUAGGAACACAAUCUUCUAUAACAGGCGUUUCAAUUGACACCAAAAACAAUUCUGGGUCAAGUGUUACGAUGACUAGAGCAGUUAGUGUAACCACAAGUACAUCUCCAGUAUUUCAAAGGACUGGUAUAAAUUUUCCUAGAUUGAAUGCUACAUACUACAGCCCAAUAAAAGGAAAUGACACGACAAAGAUUUCUUUUCGACCUAAGCUGAAUGAACAAAAACCCGGCACAAGUUAUAUACUAACAUCAAAUGAUUGGUCCCGCACUAAAAAUGUCCCCAUAUCAAGUUUACAAAAAAUUAAUACAAAUUAUAUGCAAAUACCAUUAAUUCAAAAGCCUGGGACUGUAUUAUCUACUAACACUUUAAGAUCUAAUGUUGAUACUCAGCAACAAAAAUCUCAGCAUCAAUCAAUUCGUUCAGUAAUUUUGCCAUCAAAUUACCGAACAACUGUUUCUCCACAGCAAGGCUCUGAUUGUAAAUUAGUUCUAAACUCAAUUAAUGCAACCCAAGGAAUUAAUUCAACUGAUAGUAAACCUAGCACAUCAAGUACUCCAGUUUCAAAUAUUCAACAGCACAAUACAAAUUAUAUGCAAAUUCCAAUAUCUCAAAAACCUGGAACUAUACUUACUCGUAAUAAUUCGCAACCGAAUAUUGAGAAUAAUAUACGAAUUGGACAACAUCAAACUAUUCGAUCAGUUAUUUUACCAUCAAACUAUCGAGCAGCUAUGGUAUCAUCCCCUCAAAGAGGUGUUGAUUAUAGAUUAAUAUUAAAACCUGUAAAUAUUCAAUCACAAGUAAUAAGAAAUGUGCCACCUCCUCGACUUCCAGGCCCACGAAAUAAUUCACCACGAAAUGCUUCCCCACGACAAACUACACAACGACAAACAUCACCACGACAAAGUUCCCCACGGCAAAGUUCCCCGCGACAAAGUUUACCAAGACAAACUUUACCUCGACAAACACCACCUCCUGUACGUCCAACUUCAUUCCCGACCCGUAUUCCUUUUACUCGUCCAUCUGUAUCUAGAAUUCAAAGUGAAAUAAUUGCCAAUUCAAAAAUUUUUCCAAUUCCACUAAGUAAAAGAAAUAGCCAUUUAGUUAUUACAGAAAGAUCCAUACAAAUUUGUAUGGAUGAAAUCAAUAGUAAAUAUAAUAAAGAUAAUCCAAAUCCAGACUUAACUGAUGAAGCAAUGAUAACUGUGCAAGCUGAAGUUACUUAUAGGUUAUUUUAUUUGUUAAGGGAAUGUAAAAAAUUUCUUAUAAGAAGUCGUUCAAAUGUUUUAACUGAAGAAGCUGUAAGACAAGUAUGUGCUGAAUAUUUCGGUACAUUUUUUGGUAACAAAUUAUGGCCAUUAUUCUGUUUAAAACGGACUGAAGAUGGUUUAUAUUCUGAUAAUGAAGAAAAUAGAGUUUGGAUGAGAAAACAUAAUAAUGUUAAUCUUAUUGGAUGGUUAAAACAUCCAAAAUUUCGUAAUCCAAGUUACGUUCAAAAACGUCCUUUUGUGAAUUUGGAAAGCACAAAUCCGUUAUUACCUAAAGUAGAAAAUAUUUCUGAAUAUCUAUUUGAACAUGGGUUACAUAAUCAAACAAAUCAAGAAUCUACACCUCGGACAUUUUUUCGAUCUUCAUCUAAAGGUCAAAUAACAAUAAACAAAAUAAUUUCAAAAACACAUGAAGAUGCAUUUAGCCCAUCAUCGCAUAAGUUUAUGGACAUUCCAAUAGAAAAUCAAUUGCUUUCUACAAGUAAACAAAUAUCAUCAACAAUAUUUCAUUCGCGACAAACAGAGUAAUACAGAAUAUAAUUGUGUAUCAAAAUGUUUUAAUUUUAAUACAUAUAAAAAAUUAACUAUUGUAAUUUUAGACUCUGAUUUAUGAUAAAUAGGUUUAAGUAUAUGUGUUUUGACAUUUGAGUCAUUACUAGUGAGUUCUACAACUAUUAAGAAGCGUAUAUUAUUUGAUUGUAUCAAUAAAAACCUAAUUAAUUAUUACAUACAGACAGAUAUCAUAAAUGUUUUAAGUCUAAUAAUCAUUUAAAUGUUUAAAAUAUCUACCUAGUUAAAUAGAACACAAAUAUCCAAUAUUAUUGAUAUCUAAAAAUAUUUUCACACAAACUUACUUCAUUAAUGUAAACAAUAAUAAUUUUGGUCUAGGUAUGAUGUUAGAAAUUGUUGAUCAUUGUAUUGUAUUGUUCAAAACUUCAAAGAAUAAUCGCUUCUAUCUUUUAGUUAAACCCUAGAUUUAAAUAGCUUAUAAAUACAUUAUUUCAUAUAAACAAUAAUAUAAAUUAACAAAAACCUAUUUUUAUAUAUUCAAACAAAUACUUUUUUUUAUCAGUUAACUUAAACUAGAUUUUUUAAUGUCUAAUGAAAUUAGAGUUUAUACAAUGCAAUUUCAUAAUAUUGAAUAUUCUAUUGCAAUACUUAAGUGAAAAAAAAAAUUGUUGAAUUAUUUGAAAAAAUAUAUAUAAUAUAUUCUGUGAUUUAUUUUGUGUGGAAAUAAUAUCUAAAAAUCAAUGGUGUGCAUAUCAUAUGUUAUUGAUUUAAGAUAAAAUAACUUAAACAUAUGUGUAGAGUAAGUAUUGGAAUUCGUGUUUUAUUAACUUAUUUUUAAAAUAUUAACUAGCUGAAGAUUAAUUCAAAUAAUGUUCUUUGAUUCUUUAUAUAGAUAUACAAUUUUACUUUUACAUUCUGUUGACAAUCAAUAUGAUG